AUGACGGUGCACCGAACAGUGAGAAAUGAUGGCCAGGAAUAUCUGGAUCGUCUGGAUAUAGGAAAGGACGUACCGAACGAGAUUGAGGAUCACUUAGUGAACCUUUAUUUCACAUGGCAAGAUCCUGCCUCACACGUCGUGCAGCGGGAAAUGUACCAAAAGGCCAAGGUGCAGUGGUGUGAUCAUAUGGUUGAUAACCCAUAUUAUUCAGAAGCUCUGCGUAACUCCAUAUGCGCCUUGGGGGCUGCGUUUGAAUCGCGUCACCACCCAACAUUCGUUACAUUUCCGAAGUCUUUAGCGGACUUCUUCGCUGAUAGGGCCAAAGCACUAUUAGAUAUUGAGCUUGACUGCCCUUCUGUUGCUACAGUUCAGGCGAUGGUCAUUCUAAGUGGCCAUGACAUUGGGUGCAAGCGGGAUGCACGCGGAUGGCUCUACAGCGGGAUGGCCAUGAGGCUUGCGUUUGAUCUGGCACUGCAUGUUGACAUGACGCCAUAUGUUAGAACGGGCUCAAUCAGUCAAGAGGAAGCAGACCUGCGCAAAACUGUAUUUUGGGGGGCAUACACCGUUGAUCACCUUUGGGGAUUGCACCUUGGCCGCCCCUUCCGAAUUAACAUGGAAGACGUCACUGUCGCAAAGCCCGGCAUAGACGGUAGCAUAUCAGGGCAUUGGUCUGCCUAUGUCUCCCCUGAUUCCUGCGGAAUAACCCAGCCAGACCAUGCUGAACUGCUUUGCUCCCAGAGGGCACUUCUUUGCGACAUCAUGGCGCCUCUCGGCCAUGCUUUAUAUGGAAGCCAAAGAAUUCCACCAAGCGUGCUGCAAGAGAUGAACCAGAAGACAGUGAAAGAACUCAAGGAGUGGAAAGACUUAUAG